AGAAAACUUCAGCGACCGUCGUAAACACCGUCAAAUAUGAAAAUCAAGAAAGCAUCUGCGGACUAAUCCAAGCGGAAGAGCGGAACAACAACCACGCGGCAUUGCAAUUAUGGAGACAAUAGUGUCAUAUCUUCCAUCCUUCAGUUUCUGAAAAUACAUAAAAGGAUAUAAGAAAGAUGAAAUUAAUGUCGGUAUUAUUUCGUAAUGCAAGACAACCACAGAAUGAGAACAAGGUACCUUUUAAAGCAGUCUUACCAUUGAAACUAAAGGAUCAUGUAAGCUCAAAGAGUCAAAAAACAUUAGAGAAAGGAUGUUUAUAUGAAACCUCUUUGCUUUUAACAUGUCUUGAAGAGAAUGAGUUCGAAGAUAAAAAAUGUAUUCCAGAAUUAAAAGCAUUGGAUGAAUGCUACAAGAAUUAUCAAAAAAAUGUACAGCAAGCACAUAUAAUAAAGGAACAAAUGAUACCUGUACCUGGUAGUAAGAAUCAAACCCAUAAGCAGAUCACAUAUCUUUUACGAAGAUAUCCAACAGUAUAAUAUUUUUCAUUUUGUAGUGCUAUAUUAAAUCAUUAACAAUUUAUAUUAUUAUCAGAA